CUAAUGAAAGAGUCAGCCAGUGAAUGUCUGCCAUCUGUUCGGUUACUGCUGGCUGUGACUAAGGCCGUGGCUUCCUGGACUGUUGCUAAGUAGCUAGCGUUAGCUAACCUGCGCGAGCUCGCAUCGCAGCUCGCUAAAUAACUUAGCUACCUGGGCAGCUGGCUAGCAAGAUGAAGUCGGGAGAAAUGUCCAGAGCAGUGAAUGUCUGCUUGUGAGCUGUGACACAACACACCCGUGACGAUGCCUGCAGUAUCCACUGGGGUCAAGGAGCUGUAUCUCUCCACAUCUCUGGGUGACCUCAAUAAAAAGGCUGAGAUCAAGCCAGCCAAGAUCAGCACCAGAAGUUAUGUUCAGAGCGCUUGUAAAAUAUUCAAGGCGGCCGAAGAGUGUCGUCUGGACAGAGAUGAAGAGAAGGCUUAUGUUCUGUACAUGAAAUACCUAACGGUAUAUGAUCUCAUCAAGAAGAGACCAGACUUCAAGCAGCAACAGGAGUAUUUCCUGUCUAUGCUUGGUCCAACCAGCUUUAAGAAAGCCAUUGAAGAAGCUGAGAAGCUCUCAGAAAGCCUUAAACUCAGGUAUGAGGAAGUUGAAGUUCGGAAAAAACUUGAGGAGAAGGAGAGAGAAGAAGAGAAGAAAAAGAGGGAGGAAAUAACUGAGAAAGAUGGGGUUCGAACCUCUCCCAAAGCAGCACAAGCUAACAAAAAGGACAGCAAGAGGGUGAAAGGGGAGCAGAAUGAGAUGAAGAACGCACCACUAAAAGCAGCAGAGCCUGCUGGAGGGAUCACAGCAGAGAAGCUGUUCCAUAUGAUGAAGGAUCAGACUAUUACAGUCAUUGUCAUGGAUGCCCGCAGCCAGACGGACUUUGAGGACUCCCAUAUUCAGGUCCCAGCUCAGACCUGCAUUAGUGUGCCUGAGGAGGCCAUCAGCCCAGGAAUCACUGUGAAUCAGAUUGAGGCGAAGCUGCCAGAUGUGUCCAAAGAACAAUGGAGGCGGCGGGGCUUUGUGGACUACAUAGUCCUACUGGACUGGUUCAGCUCUGUCACUGACCUCAAACUGGGCACCACCUUGCAGAGCCUCAAAGACGCCCUCUAUAAGUGGGACAGCAUCACCAUCCUGCGCAGUGAGCCUCUGGUUCUGGAGGGCGGCUAUGAGAACUGGCUCCUGUUCUUCCCUAUGUACACAACCAAUGCUAAAGUUCGUCCCCCUCGACAGAAUAUCAUCAACACUUUCCCUCAGUCUAUGAUAUUUUCAGAUGCUUCAUGUACUCUGAUGCAUUCAACAGUGAACUUCAGCUACCCAUCUUUAGAGGAACCAAAGCCUCCAAACCCACCUCCACCAGAACCUGAGACCAACCCUGAGCCUGAGGUCCCACCAGCCUCUCUGCAGGUGAACGGGGAGCACUCCAUCCCUGAAACCUCCCUGGUUGCUGACGUGUUGCCAGACACUGUAGAUUCCCCAAAAACAGGCGCCACAAACUCUGGGAUGGACCUCAGUCACACAGUCCCUGGAGCAGGUACACCCAGCCAAUCAGCUGCCACAGCCAAGACCAUCCCACAGGUCGACCGUUCCAAGAAGCCCUCUGUACUAGUAUCGGACGAGGCCAAGCCUAGCCAAAAUGGCUCGGCCAAGGAUCUGACCCAGAACGGCCCGGUCAUCCCUGACCGCUCAGCCAAGCCACCCUUCACUUCCAGCACCUCUUUGUCUGAAGAGCAGCAAAGCCGGAUACACUCGGAGGCGGCUGCAGUGAUGGAAAGGGCCAGGCAAGAGCAGGAGAAACGCAUUCAGGAGCGCCGUGCAGAGGAGGAAAGGCAGGAGAAAGAACAGCAGGAGAAGGAAAUGAAAGAGAGGCUUGAAAAGGAGGAAAGGGAGAAGAAGAAGGAAGAGGAGGAUAAAAGACAGGAGAGAAAGAGACUGGAAAGGCAGAAGGCAGAAGAAAAGGAAGAGAAGGAAAACCGGGUUGAGGAGGAGAAAGAGAAGAAGGGGAAAGAGCAGAACUCUGACACACCCUCAAAAAGUGCAUCUCUGGACUCGCCUGCUCCCAACCACAUUGUCAGUGAAAUUAAGGCUCCCAUGAAGCCUGGUAGUGAAGUAAAGAGUGGAAUCCAAAAGGCAACUUUUUUAAAAGAUAAAACACCUGGUGAAUAUGACAGACCCGAGAGAGAACCCCUGACCAGAGCAAGGAGUGAGGAGAUGGGUAGGAGUGUGCCAGGCCUGCCAGAUGGCUGGAUGAAGUUCCUCGACACAGUGACGGGCACCUACCGUUAUUACCAUUCCCCAACAAACCGUGUCCACUUGUACCCUCCUGAGGUCACUGUUCCCCAGACUCCACCCUCCACGCCACCAACAGCCAAACAGAAACAGUCAAGGCCAAAUGAGCCGGACCCCAACCGUGACCGAGACCGGGAGCAGUCUAAACUGAAACGCUCCUACUCCUCCCCUGAUAUCAGUCAAGACCUAAGAGAGGAGGCUCAGAAGAAGGCCACCGCCCCCACCACGGCCACCAUACCCACCAUCAACAGAGAGACCAAACCUGCCAGUGUUAAAAUCUAUAAUAAAGUGGAGAUCGCUCGCCCUUCAGCUGCCAAAAUCCGCAACCUGAACCCUAUUUUUGGAGGUCUGGGCGCCUCGUUGACAGGCCUGCGCAACCUGGGCAACACCUGCUACAUGAACUCCAUCCUGCAGUGUCUGUGUAACACUCCUGCUUUGGCUGACUACUUCAACAAGAACUACUACCAUGAGGACAUCAACAGGGCCAACAUCCUGGGCCACAAGGGAGAAGUGGCAGAGGAGUUUGGUGUGAUCAUGAAGGCCCUGUGGGCGGGUUUGUACAAAUGCAUCAGCCCGCGGGACUUCAAGAUCACCAUAGGGAAGAUCAACGAACAGUUCUCUGGCUACGAGCAGCAGGACUCCCAGGAGCUGCUGUUGUUCCUGAUGGAUGGCCUUCAUGAGGACCUCAACAAGGCGGACAACAGGAAGCGAUACAAGGAGGAGGAAAAUGACCAUCUGGAUGAUCAGAAGGCAGCAGACCUGGCCUGGAACAAACACAAGCUGCUCAAUGAGUCCAUAAUCGUAGCGCUGUUCCAGGGACAGUUCAAGUCCACUGUGCAGUGUCUGACGUGCCAUCGCAAGUCACGCACCUUCGAGACCUUCAUGUACCUGUCGCUGCCCCUUGCCUCCACCAGCAAGUGCUCCCUGCAGGACUGUCUGAAGCUGUUCUCUAAGGAAGAGAGGCUCACCGACAACAACAAGGUGUUCUGCCGGCACUGCAAAGCCCACCGAGACUCCACCAAGAAACUUGAGAUCUGGAAGGUCCCUCCCCUUCUCCUGGUCCACCUAAAACGCUUCUCCUACGAGGGCCGAUGGAAGCAGAAACUGCAGACGUCUGUAGAUUUCCCUCUAGACAGUCUGGACCUGGCCCAGUAUGUCAUCGGACCCAAGCAGAGCCUCAAGAGAUACAGCCUUUAUGGAGUUUCUAACCACUACGGGGGUUUGGACGGAGGCCACUACACAGCCUACUGUAAGAAUUACCCCAAACAGCGCUGGUUCAAGUUCGAUGACCACGAGGUGUCUGAAAUGUCCACCUCCUCCGUCAAGUCCUCAGCUGCCUACAUCCUGUUUUACUCGACGCUGUGAUGGAGCUGCAGGACACAAGAGGACACUACAGCAGUGCAGCGACGCUCAAGGCUACAGCAGCUCUGAGGACCUGUUGAACAAGGUUGCAGGGUUCGCGGUGUAUGUGUGUGAGUGCGCACGCAAGGGUGUACUUGAGCAAAGUGGAUAUGAGAUCCAGUCUGUCUCAGAUUGGAGCGGCGCAGCAGGCGCCGUGCAAUGCUUCAGCUACUAGAGGAUCCCAUAGCUGUUAAACAUGCUGUCUAUUCGUAUUACUGAUCAUCUAGAGACUUUGUGAGACUAAACCAAUGUUCCUAUUACUGACUUAUUUACCUUUGAUAGUUGUGUUGUAGGACUGACAGCUGGUUCAGAUGCUCUGUACUCUCUUUUUUCUGUUGCACUCAGUGUGGACGGCCUUUUUGCAGAACUGAUCUUCAGCUUUCUUGUACUGUGAAUACACCAGGGUUAAAAGAUGGCAUGUACAUACCUACUAUUGCUGAUAUUGCACAUUCAACAUGUACAUAUAGGAGGGCAAGGUGUUUAUCUGUAAAGUGACCAAAUUCUUCUUCUUUUUUUUUCUUUUGAUUGUAGCAGCCAUCAUAGUAUCCCCAUGUUUAUGAUGAUGAACCAUUUGAUUCAGGAGUAUUCUUUAUAGCCUUCUGAUAUGUUUUAAUGUGCUCUUAAAAGGGGAUGUAGGAGGCUGCCGAGUGGUGAAGCUGAUUUUUAAUGCUCCCUAAUCAAGGAGGGAAUUUAGUUUGUGCUUGAUCAUAUUAACCACGUUCUUUAUGAAAAUCUGCAAUGUGAUGCAGUUUGAUAAUAUGCAACCAUUUUAAGUUGUUGAAGCAGAACACAUACGCUUUGAAGCAGACUUUGAGUUUGAUACUGAGAACAUGUCUCUCUGGCUCAGUCCAACCAGUGACUAAACAAGCCUGAUGAUCUGUUUCAGUAAAACUUCCCUGCCUCCACAAGGAGUACAUUUAGUACAUUUUAUUCUGUUGAAUACUCUUCACUAUGUACAUUAUUAUACUGUAUCUCCAACACAAAACUAUUUAGAGGAGAAAUGUAACAGUUAUUUUGUCAUUUUGAGGCUGAUUUGGUAUCUUCCUUGGAUGCCAUCCUAGAGUAAGUGUUUCCAGAAACUUGAGGCUACAAGUUUAAUCUUGUAGUUUUUCCACUAUCAGAUUGAUUUAGAUCUGGGUUAAUAUUGCUGUCAAGGUUUCGCAGUGCACUGAUAGAAAUGGAAGGCAUCAGAAAUUGACCUGAUUCACUUACAUGACUGUGUCCGCCUGAUCAUUUACAGACUGACCGACUGACUGUCCCUGACGAGCAAGCACAAAGUGUACUGAUAUUCCUGAAGUGGCGAGAGAUGUGAGAUGACAGGGUAUGGCUCUUCUGUCUGAGUGCAGUUUCCUUGUCUAGCAUGAGAUCAUAAUGUAUUUCUUUUUCUUGUGUAUGUUGAUUUUAUUUCUUCAUGCUCUAAAAAACUUUUGUUUCAGAUGUAACAAUUAUAUUAAUCUCAAACAACUCAUAUGACUAUAUGUAUUUAUUAAAACUGCUUCCAAAUUAAA